AUGGCAGACGAUCCUUGUAAAGUAUAUGUGGGUGGAGUCCCCACAAACGUAACCGAAGCGGAAAUAGAGGACAACUUCAAGAAGUUCGGCAGAGUUACAGACGUGGUCGACACCAAAAAGGGUUUCUUUUUCGUCACGUUUAACAGCCCUGAUGCCGCAAAGCUUGCCCUUAUGGGGGAUGUCACAUUUGAUGGUCGCAGAUGCAAGGUAGAGAUUGCAAGACCUAAGAAGCCAGAGUAUACAGAUAGGGACAAGUUUUCUCGCCCGGAAAGAGUUCCAUUCAAAAGAGAUUAUCCCGAUCGUCGCCCGUUCUCUUCUCGCGAACAAGGAGAUCCUUAUCGCCCUAUGCGUGACGAGCAUUACUCCCGUCCGGGGCCCAGAGAUGUCCGCCCACAAAGGUCCGCUGAAUACGAUUACCCUCAGUGCUCCUUCAAUUUUGCUGUACGGAACCUCCCUCCGUCGCUUUUGGCUAUCUCUCCAUUCAAGCAGUUCGUUCUCGACAACUAUGGAGCCACGGAUUACACCAUAGUGUCGUCCGAGGUCGACGUCGGAUAUUUUGGCUCCAACUCGAAGGAAACAGAGGACAGGGUCAAUGAGAAGAGCUCAAUUAACUAUGAUGGGUGCAGAUUAGUGAUAGAGCCGUACAAGCGUGGGCCCGGAAGGAUUGCGCAUCGACAGGCUAGGUCGGAUCACUUUAGUCGUCCACAAUGGGUAGGAAAAUCAACCGAAGAUGAGUACGAUUUUCCAAUAAACGUUCAAGAGUCUAGAUCGAACGACAACGACUAUGCUUACAACCCUUCUGCGGAGCAGAUGCAGGAAUGA